CCUGUCUGUGGGAUCUUGUGUCAUCUCUCGCUACAUGUGUACAGGAAAAGUCCGCGCUGCUCUCGGUUCCUCUCUCUCCUCUCUCGCUCCCUCUCUUUCUCUGUUUCCCUUUCAUUCUGCUUCCCCGGAGCCGAAUGAAGCAGGGAGCAGGAUUAGAGUCUGCCACCAGCUAUCAGAAGAGGCUAGAUAAAAGGAACUGCUUCUUAAGAACCACUGCAGCAGCCCUUGUUAAUUUUUUUUUUCCUUUGCACACAACAGUUGUGCCUCAUUAUCCGGUGCCUGGCUCGAUUUUUUUUUUUUUUUUUUGAGGGUUUGAAGUUUCUGUGCUUCAGUGACUGUUACAGAAGAAGAGGUGUUAGUGUUGCCGUGAGGUCUUGAUUGUCUGCAUUUAUGAAUGAAACUGACCUAAAUCACCUGUUACCUCCAGUUUCCAGAUUGUUUGAACUUCUCUGGCCGCAUAAUACAGGAGGGAAGACUGAAGCAGCCUAGGGACCUACACCGUCUGCAGCAUGGGCUGGUUCUCUAGGAUUGUCUGUCUUUUCUGGGGAGUAUUACUUGCAGCAGGAGCAAACUAUCAGCAUGGGAAGAACAAUGUGCCAAGGUUGAAAUUAUCCUACAAAGAAAUGUUGGAAUCCAACAAUGUGAUUACUUUCAGUGGCUUGGCUAACAGUUCCAGUUAUCAUACCUUUCUUUUGGAUGAGGAACGAAGUAGACUGUAUGUUGGAGCCAAGGAUCACAUAUUUUCAUUCAACCUGGUUAACAUCAAGGACUUUCAAAAGAUUGUAUGGCCAGUAUCUUAUACCAGAAGGGAUGAAUGCAAGUGGGCUGGAAAAGAUAUCCUUAAAGAAUGUGCUAAUUUCAUCAAGGUGCUUAAGGCUUAUAAUCAGACCCACUUGUACGCCUGUGGAACAGGGGCUUUUCAUCCAAUUUGCACCUACAUUGAAAUUGGACAUCAUCCUGAGGACAAUGUUUUUAGGCUGGAAGACUCACAUUUUGAAAAUGGCCGUGGGAAGAGUCCAUAUGAUCCUAAACUGCUGACAGCAUCUCUUUUAAUAGAUGGAGAACUAUAUUCUGGAACAGCAGCUGAUUUUAUGGGGCGAGACUUUGCCAUCUUCCGAACUCUUGGGCACCACCACCCUAUCAGAACAGAACAACAUGAUUCCAGGUGGCUCAAUGAUCCAAGGUUUAUAAGUGCACACCUUAUCCCAGAGAGUGACAAUCCUGAAGAUGACAAAGUAUAUUUCUUCUUCCGUGAAAAUGCUAUAGAUGGAGAACACAAUGGAAAAGCCACGCAUGCUCGAAUAGGACAGAUAUGCAAGAAUGACUUUGGGGGACAUAGAAGUUUGGUGAAUAAAUGGACAACUUUCCUCAAAGCUCGUCUGAUUUGCUCAGUACCAGGACCAAAUGGCAUUGACACUCAUUUUGAUGAGUUGCAAGAUGUUUUUCUAAUGAAUUCUAAAGAUCCUAAAAAUCCUGUUGUUUAUGGAGUGUUUACAACUUCCAGUAACAUCUUUAAGGGUUCAGCUGUGUGUAUGUAUAGCAUGAGUGAUGUGAGAAGGGUGUUUCUUGGUCCAUAUGCUCACAGAGAUGGUCCCAAUUAUCAAUGGGUACCCUAUCAAGGAAGAGUUCCCUAUCCACGUCCUGGAACUUGUCCUAGUAAAACAUUUGGUGGAUUUGAUUCUACAAAGGAUCUUCCUGAUGAUGUUAUAACAUUUGCAAGAAGUCACCCUGCCAUGUACAAUCCAGUAUAUCCUAUUAAUAACCGUCCAAUAAUGAUCAAAACAGAUGUAAAUUAUCAGUUUACACAAAUUGUUGUAGAUCGAGUGGAUGCAGAAGAUGGCCAAUAUGAUGUCAUGUUUAUUGGAACAGAUAUUGGAACUGUUCUUAAAGUAGUUUCAAUUCCAAAGGAGACAUGGCAUGAUUUGGAAGAAGUUCUGCUAGAAGAAAUGACAGUUUUUCGGGAACCAACUACUAUUUCAGCAAUGGAACUUUCCACAAAGCAGCAACAACUAUAUAUCGGUUCCACUGCUGGAGUGGCCCAGCUCCCUUUACAUCGCUGCGAUGUGUAUGGGAAAGCCUGCGCUGAAUGUUGCCUUGCCAGAGAUCCUUACUGUGCCUGGGACGGGUCUUCAUGCUCUCGUUACUUUCCUACUGCAAAGAGACGUACAAGACGACAAGAUAUAAGAAAUGGUGACCCACUGACUCAUUGUUCAGACUUACAACAUCAUGAUAAUCACCACAGCCACAGCCUUGAAGAAAGAAUCAUCUAUGGAGUAGAAAAUAGUAGCACAUUCUUGGAAUGCAGUCCAAAAUCACAACGAGCCCUCGUGUACUGGCAAUUCCAGAGGCGAAAUGAAGAGCGAAAAGAGGAGAUCAGAGUGGAUGAUCAUAUUAUCAGGACAGAACAAGGGCUUCUGCUACGUAGUUUACAGCAGAAGAAUUCUGGCAAUUACCUCUGUCAUGCUGUGGAACACGGAUUCAUGCAAACUCUUCUAAAGGUGACUCUGGAAGUCAUUGACACAGAGCACUUGGAAGAACUUCUACAUAAAGAUGAUGAUGGCGAUGGCUCCAAGACCAAAGAAUUAUCCAACAGCAUGACACCUAGCCAGAAAGUCUGGUACAGAGACUUCAUGCAGCUUAUCAACCACCCCAACCUUAAUACCAUGGAUGAGUUCUGUGAACAAGUCUGGAAAAGGGACCGAAAGCAACGUCGGCAAAGGCCAGGACAUGCCCAAGGGAACAGUAACAAAUGGAAGCACUUACAGGAAAAUAAGAAAGGUAGAAACAGGAGGACCCACGAAUUUGAGAGGGCACCCAGAAGUGUCUGAGCUGCUAUACCUCUAGAAACCUCAAACAAGCAAGAACUUGCCUAGACAAUAACUGGAAAAAUGCAAUAUACAUGAACUUUUUUCAUGGCAUUAUGUGGAUGUUUACAAUGGUGGGUAAGCAACUGAAUUCCACCAAUUACAAAUUGAGUCCAUAAGCAACUAAUCUAACAGGCUUUUCUUCCGAAUCCCAACACCUAACAGAGGCCAUGUGAACACAGAUGUUCGCUUAGCAGACUUGAUUUUUCCUAUGAGAUUUCAUUGUACAGGUUUCACUUCUGUUUUUGCUUGAGAAAUAAAGAUGUCACUUAACAUAUUACCAUCAAAAGAAUAAAAACUGCAUCAGCCAAGGCCAUUUUAUUGAACUAAAAGAUUAAAAUAAACUGCAUGGAUUUACUAUGCUGAUGAAAAUUCCAAAAGGUGGUUGGAUUCAAGGAUAUUUUUUGUCUACCAGCAAUCAUGUUUUUAUGUACUGGAGGAGUAAAAUGAUUCUGACUGAAAAUGAAAUGGCCUGUGGAAAUAAAAAAAAAAACAUAAACCAUCCAUCAUCCAGAAGAAAAAUGGAAUACACUGAUCUACUACUGAUGUCUUCUUUCAGCUUUGAUCUAAAUAUGUAUUUUAUUAAAGCUAUAAUUUAAAUGUACCAUGAUAAAUACACAGUAAAAUAUUAGCUCUUUUCUAAGCUAGAGUAGUUUUUUUUUCUUUGUCUUACAAUUAUUGUGCUAUGUAGUUUAUGUUUUAAAGUUUCCGGUUGUUCGCUGCUCUAUUUUAGCCCCAACAUUUUGUUUUUCAGUUCUACAAGAGGGACAAAGAUCAUUAUUUUAGAGACAUAUUAAGAACAAUAACAACUGAUUACUAAAACAUGGAUUCAAAUUAUUCCUUAUUUCUCUGAGAAAUUAAAACAAAUAACACUUCCCCCUUUUUAAGUAUUAUAAAUUUAUUUUAACCUGCAUAAUGUCCUUAGACAUAUAUAACAUUUGACUGGAAUAAAAGGGAAAAAUGAUUUGUUGAAUGCAUUUUUGGUAACUAAUGGAUCACUGUAGAGAAAGGAGUGGAUAUUUAAUGAAUAUCAUAAGCAUUGUCAUAAAAAUAGUGCUAAUAGAAAAUGUUUCAAUUCUUGCUUAAAUUCCUGCAUCGUUGAGACAUAAGAAAUCUCUUAUGAUUCGAUUAGAAUUACAUCUUCUUCACUUAAAUAAAGGCAAAUUAGAAAUAUACAAAACAUUUGAAAAAAUAUCAACUCUGUAUCAUUUUACUUUGAUCCUCCUUUAAGGCAAUUAUCUGUCUUAUCAAAGCAUACAAAACACCUGACUCAUCAUGCUAUGAGAAAUGAUUUGUAUUCAUUUUCCAGAAAAUAGCCUGCAUGUUAAUCAUGCAAACCCUUUUUGGAGGGCAGCAACUUACAAAAUAAAAUUAAAGGUUAUUAAUUGAGUGUUGCCCUCUUUGCUGUCCUAUAAUUAUUCUUUGAGAAUCAUUGACUCAAAGAUGUAUAAAAUCUGUAACAUCACAAUCAUUUGUUUUGCACUGCAUUUACCUUUCUAAGAAUCUCUUCCUAGAUUCUUCAUUAUGCACAAAAGUACUCAAAACAACUAAAUGCUAAUUAAUAAAACAGUACUGAAUUUCUAUCUCUAGCUAUCUUGAGAUUCUAAUUAACUCAGAAUUAAGCAUUAUUUUCUCACCUUAGACUACAUUGAAUUUAAAAAAAUACUUUGUCAGCUAAAAUAUUCACAAACAGAAGCUCAUGUUUUAGUUCUAAUGAUUAUUUUGAAUAAACAAUUUGUGAAUACAUAUUGCUACAAAUGAAAGCAUAAAUGUAUUUUACAUUUAAAUUGGGUCUCCAUUGAUUUGUAUGAUGUUAGUUUUGAAGCACAUUAUUAAAGGAUAGUUGAAAUGUUAAACUAUUUGAAUGGCACACUCCUGUAAAGAAAAAAGAAAUUGACAUAGAGAUCAAAGAACAGAGUGCUCCAAAAAUAGGUCAUUCUUUUAUUUUCAUAAAAUAUAUUAAUUGCUAAAAUUCAGUGUUGCAUUUCAUUCUAAACUUGCCACUGAAACAAAUAUAUUUGUGAUAAUGGAAUUAUUGUAUUUCUUCUUAUUGAAUCUCAAAAAUAAAAUAUUUAAAGGCAUAGAGAAUGUAUAACUUCAAGGAUAUCUUCUAAUAUGCUUUUUAUUAUUAUGAAAUAACCAAUAGAGAGUUGACUUUAGAAGAAAGGAAAAAAUGAAUCUAGUAGCAUGUUUUUAUAAAUCAUUGGGUCUAUAUUUUCAAAAGGUUAUUGAUAUAACUUGCAGGUAAAUAAAUUAUUACAAUCAUAAACUUCUGCCAACAUGUAUUGAAAGGGGACAGUUGCACGAAAAGUAAUUAUCAUCUUAUUUAAUUUAGUUCUAAUAGACUUUGGCAUAUGCAUGUAUUAUCAGAGUUGAAAAUUUGUUACAGGACUUAGGUGACUAACCAUAAGCAAAUUAUGACAGCAAUCUUAAGGUAG